AAUGAGCAAUUAGAGCAGCAAUAGGGCACCUGGGGAAAAGCAGCCAGAUGUCCUGCAUGUCUCGGCUGUUGGAAGAACUGAGAGUGACAGAAAGGAUUUGAAGACCCUGCUGGGGCUCUACAGUAUGAAUACAGACCCAUCUCUUGACAUACGCUCAGCUCUUGCUCUAUGGUGUCCUUCAAAGGGUGCAAGCAGGCUCUGUUGGGUUCAGGUGAGGGCAAUGACAGGUGCUAAAAACUGCUGGGCUGGGUCCACCUGGACACUUCAGGGAGUUCUGAUCCCAGCUGGCUCCCCAAUUUAAAAGGGCUAGGCUAAGGACAGCUACUUCAUGGUCCUUAGCAAGAGAGCAGGAUGGGUGUUGUAGGACGGUCUGGGGCUGCAUUGGGUGCUGUGCUUUUCUGGGUGUUUCUUGUUCCCCUAGCUUUGGUUAUGGGGGCUCAUAGUGUUUUUUCUGAUCCCACCCUGCUGAUUUGUGGCCAAGAAAGCUUACAGCUCACCUUACCUCUGGGCUGGGAAGGGAAUGCUUCAUUGGUGCUGACUACUUGGGGUAAGUGAGGGCAGUGUCCAGAGGCAUUUUUAGCCAUAUCUUUGCACACUGCAGAGGUAUGCCUGGAAUGAGGAGGAAGGAGUGGGUUUUGAUGGGAAGUGUUGCUGAACAGCUUUCAGUGCAUCUUGUAUAAUCAGGGGGCUGUUUAUGUGACCCAGUAGUCAAGAGUUUUGGGGAAGUACUGUGCCUGGAUCUAGAUGGUCUUGGCUGCUGGAUUCUCUCCCAUGCACCCCUCCUGGUCUAGACCCUAAUACUGUCUAGGUCCCUGUUUCCUACAGAAAGGUAGGAUUGUAGUGGACCCUAUCUGGAAUGUGGGAUGUUAAAGCCACUGCUGCUGUCUUCUCUUUCUGUAGACACUGAGGGGAAGGCACAUGCUCUGCAGAAUGACUCUGACUGUGGGCUGUUGGUAUCCGAGACUCCAGAUGGCUCCAGGAAAGUAUUGGUUUCUUAUACUGGCUGUUAUAUCUUUGAAUGGAAUGGCCAUUACCUUCCUGUUGGGCUUGAAGGAAGAGAUGCUGCUGGGCAAAAGGUUCUUCAUGAAGAGACGCUGCUCAGGUGCCCUGUGGACCUUCCUGCCCUAGAUGCUCCAAGCAGUAGUGUCUGUUCGGCUGUUCGCAGCCAGGACCGGCUGCCGUGUGCCUCCUUGCCUGUCAGCCAGGGAAACUGUGAAGUGCGAGGCUGCUGCUAUGACCCUAGAGACAGGGUAAAUCCUUGCUACUUUGGUAACACAGUGACAGCUCAUUGCACACCAGAUGGCCAGUUUUCCAUUGCUGUUUCUCGAGAUGUGACCCUGCCACCCAUUGUCCUGGACUCUGUGCAACUGGCCAGUGGACACAGUACUGGCUGUGUUCCUACUGUGAAAAACCAUGCAUUUGUUGUGUACCAGUUCCCACUCUCUGCCUGUGGCACCACUUUUCAGGUGACUGGAGACCAAGCCAUAUAUGAGAAUGAGUUGGUGGCAUCCAGGGAUGUGAAAACUGCAAGCCUUGGCUCUGUGACUAGGGAUAGCACUUUCAGGUAUUACCCUGGGGCUGAUGUUGCUGGGUGCCAUUGUGUUCAAUGUUUUCUCUUUGAGCCUACAUGAAAUUGUAUAGAGACCAAGACUAAAAGUAAUUGGAUGGAGAAAGAACUUGCUUGCAAUCGUGCCUCUGAGAUGUAGAAGCAAAAUCAGAUUCCAUUGGAGUACCCCAAGUUCUCUGAAAGAGAUGGUUUUGCUGUUCUCCUACAUUAAUUCAUUUUAAUAAAGAACAUCUAAAUCCCUGUAGUGAUACUGAUGGUAGAAAAGAGCAGCCAGAGAGUUGGUUGCAGUCCCAGGUAACUGAGUUCCUUUGCCUCAACCUUCAAAAAACAGGAAGGCAUUCUUUUCAUUUGGCAGAAAGCCCUCAGGCUGCAGGACCCCCUUCCCCUCCAACACCAUGAGCCUUCCUGACUGGUGGUCUGUUGCAACUGCUCAGAUCCUUGCAGGCAGCAGCAGUGAGCGCAGUGGAUGAACAAGGAAGGACCCUUGCCUGGGAGGAACAGCCCCUCCCACAGGGUGCUGGCCACAGGCACUGCAGACCUACUUUGCAGUGUAGCAGCAGAUGUGGGCACUGCCCCAACCCAAAUUAAAUAACAGCUCAAAUGCUCAUAAA